GAUACCAAUAAACUAAAACUCGAAGAUGGAAAAUUGAAAAAUCUCGGAAAAUUAAUCAAAAUCACAGCGAAAAAAACAAGUAAACUCGAGUGCAAUAAGACAAAAGGAACACGAAAUAAAUGAGAAAGUUGGGAAGUUGUUCGAGUACGGAAAUUCUGGCGAUGGGACAGUUACAAACACACAACAGAUGUCGCAUGAUACGACGAUCGAGAAAGUAAAAUGUCCUCGAAGCUGCUCGUUUAUGGAAAAUGAAUGCCAAUAAUUGACACAGCAACACUUCUAUAUACCAUACAUAUGCCAUUGUUUGAUAAUUUAUUUGCCAUCGAACGUAGUUUUAGUUUUUAUUUUCGUGCUAUAAACAAACAAAGUAGUCGUAAGAGUUAAAUUGUAAGAGAUGGAGGCUGUUCCGUUGUUACAUGGCAGCGGAGAGGAGCGCGUCGAGAAGCAAUCGUCGUCGUCGUCGUCGCUGCUGCCGCCGCCGCUAACCUCAUCAUCAAAAAAUAGUAGUAAUAGUUGUUUCUCCUGUUGCGUUUACUUUUUACCAAAUCUAAAUGUACGACGAUGUGUUUCGAUGUUAAUCGUCCUCACGAUUCUCAGUAUUCUCUAUUACACACAUUUGAUGGACGAUUCACCGAUUUCAAAUUUUAUUCGUCACGACACGAAACCAACGCCAGUGAUCCAUUGUCGAAUGCUCGACGAGUUAGGUGACUUUGACGACUUCAAAACCAUCGAUCAUCGUUCCGACGCCCGUCUGCGACUCGAGCGCAAAGUUUUGAUCUUUGUCGAGACUCUCUACUCGCGCAUUGGUCGCGACAUCGCCGAACUGCUCGUUUACAAUCGAAUAAAAUACAAAUUAGAAGUCGCGGGAAAAAGUCUGCCCAUUUUGACGAGUCAGGACAAAGGCAAGUACGCUGUCGUGGUGUUUGAGAACAUUGACAAGUACCUGGAAAUGGACAAAUGGAAUCGGGAGUUGCUCGAUAAAUAUUGUCGCGAAUAUUCCGUGGGCAUUGUCGGAUUCAAGGGACCCACAGAAGAGCCGUUGCGACAAUCACGGAUGAAAAAUUACCCCUUGUACUUAAAUACGAACCUGAAAUUGCAAGAUGCGUAUUUGAAUCCGAAUUCGAACGUGUUGCGACUCACAAAAGCAGGUGACACGUAUUAUGGGGUCCUGCCGGGUGCGGAAUGGACCACUUUUGAGUUCAAUCAUUCGACGUACGAGCCAAUUGAAUGGACGCAGCGUGUAGAGCACGACGCAACAUCACAACGGAAGCCGGAAGUGACGGUGCUGCAAGAUCACGGACAAGUAGAUAGCAUCAAAAAAGUGCUUUUUGGUGCCGGAUUACGAUUCUGGCUGCAUCGCUUGCUCUUUCUCGAUGCCCUGAGCUACUUGAGUCACGGACAACUCAGCAUUAGCUUGGAACGGAUGAUUCUCGUCGACAUCGAUGACAUUUUUGUGGGCGAAAAGGGAACGCGGUUGAAGCCAGAUGACGUGCGAGCUCUUAUUGCGACGCAAAACAAGAUAAAUCAUCUCGUGCCCGGUUUCAAAUUCAAUCUCGGCUUUUCGGGAAAAUAUUAUCAUCACGGGACGCGCGAGGAAAAUUUGGGAGACGACAUGCUGCUGGAAAAUGUGGGUGAAUUUAAUUGGUUCUCGCACAUGUUCAACCAUCAACAACCCCAUUUGUAUGACAAUAUCUCGGCUUUGGUGGCCGACAUGAUGCUAAAUAAGGAUUUUGCGAAUACGAAAGCGAUUCCCGCGGAUUCGGGGUACUCGGUGUCGCCACAUCACUCGGGCGUGUAUCCGGCGCACGAUUUGCUGUACAUGGCAUGGAAGAAGGUGUGGAAUGUGAAGGUCACGAGUACCGAGGAGUAUCCGCAUUUGCGACCUGCAAGACUUCGCAGGGGAUUUGUACAUAGGAAUAUUAAAGUUUUACCGCGACAAACGUGUGGCCUCUUUACUCACACAAUGUACAUCGAUCGCUACCCGGGAGGACGCGACAAACUCGACGAAUCCAUCCAAGGUGGCGAAUUAUUCCAAACGAUGGUCUACAACCCCAUCAACAUCUUCAUGACACACAUGUCGAACUACGGCAGCGAUCGUUUGGCUCUCUAUACCUUCGAAUCCGUGAUCAAAUUCCUCCGGUGUUGGACCAACAUCAAACUGACAUCCGCCAAACCCGUCGAACUGGGCGAAAAAUACUUCAAACUGCAUCCCGACGAGAUCGAUCCCGUUUGGGGAAAUCCGUGUGACGAUCCGCGUCAUCUGAAAAUCUGGUCGCGCAACAAAAGUUGCGACACUUUGCCAAAUUUCCUGAUUGUUGGUCCACAAAAAACGGGUACCACUGCCUUGUAUACGUUCCUCAGCAUGCAUCCGCAUGUCGGAAGUAACUUACCGAGUCCCAGCACCUUCGAGGAAAUUCAAUUCUUCAACGGCAAUAAUUACUACAAAGGCCUCGAUUGGUACAUGAACUUUUUCCCCGCCCAAACGAACGCGUCGGGCGGCAUUCAUUUGUUCGAAAAAUCCGCGACGUACUUUGAUGGCGAUCUCGUGCCACGACGAGCGCAUGCCUUGUUGCCACACGCGAAAAUUGUCGUCAUUCUGAUUUCGCCCGCGAAACGAGCUUAUUCGUGGUACCAACACACAAGGGCGCAUGGAGAUGCCGUCGCCAAUAAUCACAGUUUUUAUGAGGUCAUUUCGGCGAAUGACGAUGCGCCAAAACCGUUGAAGGACCUCAAAAAUCGAUGUUUAAAUCCUGGAAAGUAUGCUCAACAUUUGGAAAGAUGGCUCAAUUUUUACUCGGCUCAGCAGCUGCACAUCAUCGAUGGCGAACAGUUAAAGUGGCAUCCGGUGCAGGUGAUGAACGAGCUGCAAAGAUUCCUUAAAUUACCAAACAUUAUCGAUUAUGCGGAACGUCUGAGGUACGAUACGCGCAAAGGAUUUUUCUGCCAAAUCAUAAAUGACACGAAAAAUAAGUGUCUCGGGAAAUCCAAAGGUAGACAAUAUUCCACGAUGGAUGAACGGAGUGCGAAAUAUCUUCAAAGAUUUUAUUUGGCCCACAACACCGCACUCGUGAAGCUCCUAAAAAAAUUGGGCUCCAAACCGAUUCCACAGUGGUUAAAAGACGAUCUUUCGACAACAUCAUAGCAAUAACUGAACUUAUCAGCAAAAAAUUAGCUCUUAUUUAUAAAGUUCUGAUAUUACUGAUAACAAUAUUUAUAUACGAGAGUAAACUUUGACUUCUAAUUUGAACUUUAACAUGAUGGAAUUAAAAAUAUUUUUGAGUUAAUUCUAGAUUUUAAGGAAAAAAUGAACCUGUACAGUACGACUAAACACGAUUAAUUAUUAUUAUUAAAAAAAAAUAAAUAUAUGUUCAAAAUUUUAAAUAUCUCUAAAAAAUACAAUAAUAACGAUAAAAAGUAAAAUGUUAAAAUAAUAAAUACUUGAAUUAA